AUGUCAUCCGCUAAAGCGACCAAGAAAAGCGCAUUCUCAUGCGCACCAUGUCGAAAACGAAAGGUGAAAUGUGGUGGGGAACAGCCCGUUUGCAAACGUUGCGUAGCGCGUGACGACAUGUGUGUUUACAAGUUAUCCCCAACUCUGUCUUACACCCAACGUCUUGAAAACCGCAUCAAAGAGUUAGAAGAUGAACUUGCAGAGCUGAAGGGUAAGGCUCUUGCAUCUCGCUGUGUUCCUGAAAAUUCAUCUUCUGGUUGGUCAAUACAAGCCCAAUCAGAGUCGGGGCAUGCAAGUGGGUUUGGGGGUUUGAAACUUGAUGAGAAGGGGGUAACAACUUACCAUGGGGCAGCAAGUUUCUUCCAUCUUCUUGGAGACAACCGCACAUCUACGGAGGCUUUCCAGGAUACGUCAACAACAGCAGAAGAUUUAGUUCUAAGGAAGCGUGAAACAUUGGUCACUAAUGCAUGGCGACAGCGUGCUUUGGAAAAUAUUUCAGAGAUACCAGAGCCUUUCCAAUAUCUUUUGGAUACGCAUUGGUGUUGGAUUCAACCGCUAUUCAAUUUCAUCUAUCGCCCGGCUUUUACUCGUGAUAUGGAAGUCUUGGGUUCUUAUUACUCGCAUACCCUCCUUAACGCUGUCCUUUCCCACUCAAUUCGCUGGGGCAAAAGUGACAAGACCACAUGCGAGAAACUUGAAGAGGCGUAUGAGAGUGGCGCCAUCUUCGGAAGGCAUGCUCGCACAUUGCUCUUCGAUGAGCUGAGCUCCGGAAUAUGCACAAUCCCAACUGUCCAGACUCUCUUAUUGCUCAGUGCGCAAGAGUGCAGUUCUGGCAACAGCGCACAGGCAUGGGUAUACACCGGGAUUGCCUUCCGUCUCAUAGACCAUUUGGGUAUCUGUGUUGAUAGUCAACGCUAUGCUGGAUCAGUUGAACUGUCUGAUGAGGAUGUCGAGAUUCGAAACCGUCUCUUCUGGAGCUGCUAUUUCUGGGACAAGAUGCUCAGCGUCUACCUUGGCCGAUCACCCACACUACAGCAUUCUACAGUUUCCCCACCUCAAAUCAUGUUUGAUGAUUCCUCCGAAAAUGAGCUAUGGUAUCCUCAUAGCUUCAGCAUCCCAGGCGGGGUUGAAUACCCUCCCACGCCUAGCCACUCCACGUCUUGUUUCGUCAGAAUGUCCCAGCUUUCUGUCAUCUUUAAUCAAAUCCUCAUACAUAUGUAUGAUCCACUGCAGCAGCAUACAGAGACAGACAUACAGGCAUGCUUUGUGCGUGAAGAUACUGCUCUGCAUCAAUGGUGGGACGAUUUGCCACCCUUUUUGAAGAUCGACGUCAAUGCGCUUCCUGUGCUCGCUCCGCCUUCACAUAUCCUGCCUCUACCAUACCUUCAGAAUUCUAUUACAUCGUCCAAUGCUGUCUCGGCGCUUUCUCCAGCCUAUGUUUACAUUGCUGCAUCUAUAUUCCUCCUUCAGGUCCAAGCUGCAUCAGAUGACAAGCAAGCACUCCGAAGAUUAGGGUUUUGCAUUCAUGCCCUUGAACGAGUCAAGACAAUCAAUCCAGUUAUCGGCAGCGCACUAAAGCUCAUAACACGAGCUCUCCAAAAACUUGGUAUCGAGGCGUCCACUCUGCGGGAACAGCUGGCCCCUGAGACUGGACCGUUUCUGAAUAGGCCUAUGUCGCACUUUGCGCCCCAGCCGUUAAUAUCCCAAUUCACCCAGCAAUCCCAGAUUGAUGACUCAUUCCAACUUUCCGAAUUUGACUACUUGAACGCCGAAAUAUUCGAGAUCACUCCUGAACAAUUUGAAGUUGUCUCUUCAAUGGAACCCAUUACUGUGAUGGUUGGUGCAUUAAAUGGCUCGUCAGCUGUCUAG